AUGGGAUCCUAUCCUAGUUGUUUUUGCUGUCCUUAAUCUUAAUCAAACGUGUAAUAAAAUAAGAUAAAUGAUAAUGAAAUGCAUAUGACUUAUAUUAAAUAACCACUUUUUAAUUAAGUUGUACAAAUCAAUCCUGAUGAUGAUACUUCUUUACUAUAAAUUAUGGCAACAUAUGAAGAGUUAAUUAAUAGAAAGUCCAUAAGUACAGGUUAUUAUUGUUCAUCCAAUAAAAGAAGUCGCUCAAUCUCUGCAGAUAAUAAAUUUUCAAUUAAUAAAGAAUCUCUUAAGAAUAUAAAACAUUUGAGAAGGAAAAAAUAACAAUAUUAUAGGUCUUUAAGUGCUACUUAACUUAUUAAUAAUGGAUUAAAAUAAUAAAACUCAACAUAUAAGCCUAGCAGUAUAUUGAAAAAUAGAUCAAAUACUCAAUAAUCUCAGUUCUAGAAAAGGUUUUAAAAAAAUAAAGUUUCCUUUCUACCUUUUAUUUUAUAAUGUAAUUCUAAAAAUCUGAAUGAUAAUAUUUGA